UCAUUGGGAAAGGUAGGCCAAGCGGCCUUUACUUAUCAUUGGGAAAGGUAGGCCAAAAGGCCUUUACUCAUCAUUGGGAAAGGUAGGAUGUGUUUUGGACAUAUCCUUUCUGUGCUCCAGCAAUUUACGAACAGAUGCCUCCUUCCAUCAGCCGUAUGCACCUUGUUCAGUAUCUGUCACUUUACAGUACUGUAGUUCAUGAUCUGGUUUUACUUACUUUAUGACAUUCCUCCUCGUUCUUAUAGGCUGGAGCAGACUUAGUCUCAAAAUAAGACCGGUUUAAAAUAGUUUUAGCCUGUUAAAGCAGGGUUUCCCAAACCUUUCUUUUUCAAGGUGAAGGGGGAGGUUCGGACAGAGCUAAAGGACGUCCAUUUUUUUUGCACUGAUCACAGACGUGGUCAAGUGUAAAUAUGACUUCUUACAUGAGCCUGACAGUGCAUGUCACGAAAGACUGAACACUAUCUCAGGCUAACAUAGUUUGGAAAGCAAUUGGCUAUUGCUUCAAAGAGAAGACAAUGAAAAGACUUAUCUGUCUUUUAGUUAUCAAAAUUCUCAACUUAAUUGAGCGAACAGUAUUUUUGCCAUUGGCUAUAUCCCCGGUGAGUGUGCAUAUUCACUUUCUUUAUCCCUGGGUCAGUGCCACUUGAAAGUCAUAUUGAAAAAGAUUCUGCUAAUCUCUAUAGUCAUAUAAAGUGUAGUAGAAUUGCAUGAUAAAAAAUAUUUUAACAAGGGGGGGAAAAAAUCCUGUAAAGAGAAACAUAUCUGACAUAGCCUAGCCUAGCCUUACUCCACCACGCGCUGCAUUGAACAGCCGUUUUUUUGUGAACAGUGAUUGAGUUAUAUUAUUAACCUAAAUGAUGACUAUCCAAUUUACUAAUCACAUUAGCAAUAGUCAGCUAUCUUACAAAAGUCUGUAAAUGUGAUGAUGCAUAGAAUGCUUUAUUUAUUUUUUUAUGGUGAAAAUGAGCUUCCCCUUAACUUGAGACUCGCGCGCCUAUGAGCAAGACAGUUAGGCCUAAACACUCCGUUUUCCUUUGCUAAUGUUUCCCCCGUCCGUCCGUCGGCUGUCAGUUAUGUCGAUGACUGUGUACAUACCGCACGUCAAUCACCGACACCGGAAGUCCCAUGACCGUCACAGCCCUAAUUGUAUGCUUGAGUUUGUUCAAGAGAGGCUUUGACGCCAGAUUUGAGCAGAUCUUGCUUUAGUUUUCCUCAGCCUGUGUUUUGUUUCUCUCUCCUUUUCCUGUUAGAUGGUGAUGCUGCUUCUCUCCAGAGGAGCCAACAUUAAUGCUUUUGACAAGAAGGACCGCCGAGCAAUCCACUGGGCUGCUUACAUGGGGCACAUUGAGGUGGUGAAACUGCUGGCCUCUCAUGGAUCAGAGGUGUCCUGUAAAGACAAGAAGGCCUACACCCCUCUCCACUCUGCAGCCUCCAGCGGCAUGAUCAGCAUAGUCAAGUACCUCCUGGACCUUGGGGUGGAUAUCCACAGAUGAAGCAAUCUCAAUUGAGAGGGGAAAUACCUAUGUGAGAAUACUGUUCAUAGACUACAGCCCAGCAUUCAACACCAUAGUCCCCUCCAAGCUAGGGACCUUGGGACUGAAGACCUCCUUCUGCAACUGGAUGCUGGACUUUCUGACGGGCCGGCCCCAGGUGGUGAGGAUAGGCAAGAACACCUCUGCCACACUGACCUUCAACACGGGAGGCCCUCAGGGAUGCGUGCUUAGUCCCCUCUUGUACUCCCUGUUCACCCAUGACUGUGUGGCCACACACGACUCCAACACCAUCAUCAAGUUUGCUGACGACACGAAGGCGAUGAGAGGUCAGAGACUUGGCAUUGUGGUGCCAGGACAACCUCUUCCUCAAUGUCAGUAAGACCAAGGAGCUGAUCGUGGACUAUAGGAGCAAGAGGGGAGAGCACGUCCCCAUCCACAUCAACAGGGCUGUUAAAGGGUCUUGCUCUGACCCUACCCACAAUCCCUAGACUGUAUACAAACCAUAUGCACACACACACACACUACAUUCACACUCCCACACAAAAUCCACACACACACAAACCGACACAACCCAAACACACAUGCGUACACAUUACACACUCUCACAAACAAACACACACCUUUACACUCAUUUGCUGCUGCUGCUCUGUUCUUUAUUUUGCUCUUAUUAUUAUUAUCUAUCCUGAUGCCUAGUCACUUUACCCUGCCUUGUACAUAUCUACCUCAAAUACCUCGUACCCCUGCACACUGAUUUGGAACUGGUACUCCUUGUAUAUAGCUUUAUUCUUGGGUAUUUUAUUACACCGUUACAAUAUAUACAGUACCAGUCAAAAGUUUGGACACACCUAUUCAUUCCAGGGUUUCUUUAUUUUUUACAAUUUUCUACAUUGUAGAACAUCAAAAGUAUGAAAUACCACAUAAGGAAUCCUGUAGUAACCAAAAAAAUCGAAAUAUAUUUUAUAUUUGAGAUUCUUCAAAGUAGCCACCCUUUUCCUUGAUGACAGCUUUGCACACUCUUGGCAUUCUCUCAAUCAGCUUCAUGAGGGACUCACCUGGAAUGCAUUUCAAUUAACAGGUGUGCCUUGUUCAAAGUUAAUUUGUGGAAUUUAUUUCCUUAGUGCUUUUGAGCCAAUCACUUGUUUUGUGACAAGGUAGGGGUGGUAUACAGAAGAUAGCCCUAUUUGGUAAAAUACCAAGUCCAUAGUAUGGCAAGAACAGCUCAAAUAAGCAAAGAGAAACAAAAGUCUAAUAUUAUUUUAAGACAUGAAGUUCAGUCAAUCCGGAAAAUUUCAAAAACUUUGAACGUUUCUUCAAGUGCAGUCACAAAAUCCAUCAAGCGCUAGACCCAGAGUUACCUCUGCUGUAAAGUUCAUGUAACAGACACAUCUCAACACUAGCUUGGAGAUCCGUUACAGGAUGUCUGUCACCCCACUGAGCCCCUAUUGCAGGUUAGGGGUCACAUCCACUUGAAUGUCCUUCAUAUGACGAACCUCCUACAGAGCAAAUGAGGAAAAUAUGAUAUAUUAUGAUUUAUGUUAGUAACAAUACAAUAUGGGAAUUUUAUCCCAAAGCUACCUACAGCUAACAUAUAUAUUUAUGUAUGUGAUCUAUGUAAAUAAAGGAGUAUAACACAGCUGUAAAACUGUGAAGGACUAUAUGGUGGAGGCCUACCCAUUUCCCAGGAGCAUUGUAAAAAGUGGAUUUGGGUACAGUGUUUAUUUCCCCCUAAUAUCUUUGAAGAUUACACCUAAAAUAAUUAGGCCUACUUCUUUCUACUGCUGAUCUGAGACCAUUAGGGUUAAACAUUACAGAUAUAAAUGCAAUAUAUGGAGUAGAAAAGAUUGCCUGCCCACCAAAGAAUCAACAUACGUUCUACAUGGUCUAUUUCUAUCUGAAUGUAACACCUCAAUCAAGCUUGUUAAUUGAUCGUUAAGUCCUGUUUGUCAGGUAAAAGGUCAUUAGUGGCCUAUAUAAGCCUCAUACAGGCCACGGGAAGACAUUACCUGUUGAUAACACAGACUAUUCUCAUGAUCAUGGGAGGUGUGAGAGAAUUACUGCUCUUUGUGAUGACUGUGGGGGUUGUCAAAGUUUCUUGUUACCCUGUUGGAAAGUCCCAGAAGCAAGAGCAAGUCUCUCUGCAGAGCAGACUUGGAGAGCUGUCAUCAAAUGACGUCUCCAUUGUGCAUGCCCUGGCCUUGCUCCGAUCCAUAGGGUCUGACGCUAAACAAGACAGAGAAGAGAAUUUAGAGACUAAUGAAGUAGAAUCCCAAGCUUCUCCAAACCAUGGUAGCUCUACGGCAAAUGAUGCCCUGUCCUCUGACGACGCUACCUCUGAAGCUGCCCCUGGCCCGUCUGACGACGCUACCUCUGAAGCUGCCCCUGGCCCGUCUGACGACGCUACCUCUGAAGCUGCCACUGGCCCGUCUGACGACGCUACCUCUGAAGCUGCCACUGGCCCGUCUGACGACGCUACCUCUGAAGCUGCCACUGGCCCGUCUGACGACGCUACCUCUGAAGCUGCCACUGGCCCGUCUGACGACGCUACCUCUGAAGCUGCCACUGGCCCGUCUGACGACGCUACCUCUGAAGCUGCCACUGGCCCGUCUGACGACGCCACCUCUGAAGCUGCCACUGGCCCGUCUGACGACGCUACCUCUGAAGCUGCCACUGGCCCGUCUGACGACGCUACCUCUGAAGCUGCCACUGGCCCGUCUGACGACGCUACCUCUGAAGCUGCCACUGGCCCGUCUGACGACGCCACCUCUGAAGCUGCCACUGGCCCGUCUGACGACGCCACCUCUGAAGCUGCCACUGGCCCGUCUGACGACGCUACCUCUGAAGCUGCCACUGGCCCGUCUGACGACGCUACCUCUGAAGCUGCCACUGGCCCGUCUGACGACGCUACCUCUGAAGCUGCCACUGGCCCGUCUGACGACGCUACCUCUGAAGCUGCCACUGGCCCGUCUGACGACGCUACCUCUGAAGCUGCCACUGGCCCGUCUGACGACGCCACCUCUGAAGCUGCCACUGGCCCGUCUGACGACGCCACCUCUGAAGCUGCCACUGGCCCGUCUGACGACGCCACCUCUGAAGCUGCCACUGGCCCGUCUGACGACGCCACCUCUGAAGCUGCCACUGGCCCGUCUGACGACGCUACCUCUGAAGCUGCCACUGGCCCGUCUGACGACGCUACCUCUGAAGCUGCCACUGGCCCGUCUGACGACGCUACCUCUGAAGCUGCCACUGGCCCGUCUGACGACGCUACCUCUGAAGCUGCCACUGGCCCGUCUGACGACGCUACCGCUGAAGCUGCCACUGGCCCGUCUGACGACGCUACCUCUGAAGCUGCCACUGGCCCGUCUGACGACGCUACCUCUGAAGCUGCCACUGGCCCGUCUGACGACGCUACCUCUGAAGCUGCCACUGGCCCGUCUGACGACGCUACCUCUGAAGCUGCCACUGGCCCGUCUGACGACGCUACCUCUGAAGCUGCCGCUGGCCAGUCUGACCAUGCCAUUGAGGAACUGUUAAUUUCUGCAUCUGAGCCCCCGUUGACCACAAGCAUGGAUAUCUGAUGUGGGACAUGGUGCUCGGUGUCCAUGCAAGAGUUCAUGGGUAUUCUAGUCCAGGUUGUGUGUGUAACUGCAUUUCCUUGUUUUGGCUCAAUUAAACGUUAACUGUAA